UUAUUGAUGUGGACACUUUUUAUAUGAGCUUUGCAGGAUCUUACAUAACUAUUUUACUAGCUAUUGCGGGAAUUUUGUAUAUAAAUCCACAUUGGAGACGGGCAUGGUUUUAUGUUAUUGAGGUUUUCAUCACCUCUAUCUACUAUUUUGUUGUGGAUAAUAUGUGGAGAAUCAAAGUUGGUUUCCUUCGUAGAUAUUAAUAAUUACCCCGAUGAAGUAAUAGUGUUGUAUGUAUAUCCUACUAAACUUCUUUCUUAGGUAGUUUGUUGUUAUAAUAAUGUUAUCAAUGCACUUGUUGUUAGUAUGAAAUAGGCCCUCAUAAAUUAUCAAAAUUAAAGAAGUCUUGGUUUGUUGUUGCCAUACUAUUACACGUUUAGGAUGUAAGUGUGAUUGUUGAUGACAAAGAACAAUAUUGGAGACAAAUUUGGAGCUUCAAAAUCAAAGAACAAAUUUCUAGUCCCAAUCUCAUUCAAGUCAUAUUACAACCUCUCCAAACUUAUAGUCCUGGAAAGUGUCAACAACAUACUUUUGGAAGAACAGGACAUUCUUAGUUCAGCCCCAAGUUUUCAAUUGCUUCAAAUCCAUCUUUCUAGUUCUGAACAUGGGAGAAACACUCCCAUUUCUCUACCCAAAAUUUUCUACUAUCAAAAUCAACUCAAAAUGGUUGAGCUCUCUGGAUUUAAGUUUGGAGGAAUAUUCCCAAGGUGGUUGUUGGAGAAUAAUACUGGACUACUAACGCUUACCUUGACAAAGAAUUCAAUUUCUGAACCUUUUCGAUUGCCCUCAUCUCCAAUGACAGAACUUGUAACAUUAGAUAUCUCCAACAAUGAUUUCUAGGUGUCAUCCCAUACAAGAUUGGUAAUUCUUUCCCUAUGUUAAAAUUACUAAACAUGUCUAGAAAUAAAUUUGAAGGCGUGAUUCUAUCUUCAUUAGGUAACAUAACCUCUCUAUCUAUUCUAAACUUGUCAAAUAACCAAUUAUCUAGUAAAAUUCCUAUACAUUUGGUAAUGGGUUGUAGCUUCUUGGAAGUGCUGAAGCUAUCAAGCAACAACUUGACAGGCCCUAUGCUACCCUUUCAAAAUAACUUACCAAACUUAUGGUUGUUGCUUUUGGAUGAUAAUAAGUUCACAGAAAUCCCACGCUGCUUAUCCAAUAGUAGUGGCUUGAAAAUGUUGAAUCUUAGCCAUAAUCAUCUUAAAGGUGUGUUUCUUGUUGAGUUUUGUCAAUUUGAUGGACUACAACUAUUGGAUCUUUCUGACAACAAUUUCACUGGGACAAUACCGUCUUGCUUCAAUGUGGAAGACCUAAAGCAAAUUCAAUUGUCCAAUAAUAGGCUAAAUGGACCAUUUUCGGAGGUGUUCCAUCAAUUAAUGAACAACUUAAUAAUAAUAGAACUUUCAAAUAACCAUUUUAAUGGUAGCAUUCCAAAUUGGAUCGAUAGUCUUUCCUGGUUAAGCAUUCUUAUAUUGAAAAAUAACCACUUUGAAAGUAAUAUCCCAUAUCAAAUUUGCCACUUGUCUAGAUUAAUGUUGAUUGAUCUUUCUUCCAAUAAGUUUUCGAGCAACAUUCCUAGUUACUUGAAUAAUAUCACAUUUGAUAAAGAAAAGGAAUUAGGAUUGUUGUUACGUCCAACCAGUCAAAUUGUGGAAGCACCCUUAAAGAAUAACCUAAUGAUUUAUAGUCGUCGUGGUUACUCAAUGCUUGGUAUCAACAUAUACAUCUUGCUCGCAAAUGAAACAUUUUUCUCAUCACAUGUGGAGUUCACAACCAAAGGAAUAGCCUUGCUCUUCACAAGAGAGCCUCUAUUACUUUUUUCAGCAAUUGAUAUCUCUAACAACAAAUUAGCUGGUCGCAUACCACCUGAAAUUGGCAACCUUAGCAAAAUCAAAGCAUUGAACCUCUCCUACAACAACUUAAUUGGAGGAAUCCCAACAACAUUUUCCAAGUUACAGAUAUAGAGAGCUUGGAUCUUUCUCACAACAACUUCAAUGGGAAUAUCCCUUCUCAGCUUACUGAUCUAUACUCACUGGGGACGUUCAAUGUGUCUUACAACAACUUUAAUGGAAUGAUACCUCAGGCAACGAACCAAUUUGGAACUUUCGACUCAAGUAGCUAUAUUGAGAAUCCAUUUCUUUUUGGAGAACCAUUACCAAAUAAUUGCACAGAUUCACCUCCAUCAGUUCCAUCAGCCAAUAAUAAUGCAAGUCAUGCGGUAUCAAAUUUUAUCGACAUGGACACUUUAUACCAGCUUUGUAGGGUCUUACAUAGCUAUUUUACAAGCUAUUGCGGGAAUUUUGUAUAUAAAUCCCCAUUAGAGACGAGUAUGGUUCCAUGUUAUUGAGGUUUUCAUCACCUCUAGCUAUUACUUAGUUGUGGAUAAUAUCUAGAGAAUCAAAAUUG